AUGAGUUCGAAUGAUUCCAUUGCCUUCAAAAGACUGAGACCAUCAUGUGUUGCUGUUUCCAGAAACGCUUUUCUGCCUCAUUCGUCUUUUAAUCCAGAUUCUACGGAACUGCUUAGCUCGCUAGAAGAAUUGAAUAAAGAACUGAAAGAGUGCCAUAAAGACUUUGGGGAGUUAUCUGUACCAAUUGCAGAUUAUGUUUUUGUUCCACUUGCUGCUGUAUUGAAACAGGAGUCAUUGGGUGACACCAAUACUAGAGAAGUCUUGAGAUCAAUUGCCCUAUUGGUCAGAAUAUGCUGGAGUCGUCCAGGUGCAUUUCCAUUAGAAAAAGCCAGACAGCUGUCGCUAAUAUCCACUUACCUUAUUAGUUCAGAUAAAGAAAAUUCGAGGUUGCUAUUGAAAACGGGGGAUUUUAAAGCAACUGGAAUUGACACUUUGGCAGCAUUGGUGCAUGCCCUAUCAAUCCAAAGGUCCUCUGGAAUAUACCACUUUUUCGAGCAAAAAGAGAAUCUGCCUCAAUUUGGACAUAUGGUAACGAUUUUGCUUGAUUUAUUACUUGAUGAAUCCCUAGAGCACGAGCUUAAACUAGUUGUCAUUUCUAUUUUACGUGAAUUAUAUGCAUCUGUGGUAGCCGAUGGGGAAAUCCUAUCGUUUGUUUUACCCGGAAACAUAUCUAGUCUUUCCAAGUUACUUGCAAAACCAGGCUUAGUUGUAAACUACAAAUUAGUCUGCGCUAUUUUAGAUUUAUUGGCGGAAUUGCUGUCCCUAGUUUAUAAUGAUGCCGAUUUACAAAUCUCUUCUGUCAAGAUCAAUAGCAUUACCGAUAUUGUACUAUACAAUGAACAGGGAUCUUUGAGAAAAGAUCAUGCAGGCUAUGCUCGGGAGGUUAGAAAGAAAUGCCCUCACAGAGAUAACAAGUGGCUGAAAGGCACAUCGGGCCAAGUAAAGCGUGCACUGGAUAUGGUUCUGCCAAAGCUUCUACGAAGAAACAACCCACAAAUCAAACAGAAAUUGAUAGAAUUUGCACAAUCAUUGCUUAAAAAUUGCGGAGAGGCAUUAUACCAAUGCCAAGAGUUAUUGGUCACUUUGGUUUUGUCAUCAGACGAAAACGAGUCACAGAUUACAGAUGCAUCAUUGCAUAGGUUUGAAUCCACAAUUGAAGCGCUCUUAAUAGGAAAUUUAAGCGGGUUUGACUCAAUAAUCCAGCGCAAUGACUAUACAACCUUGGAAACUAUGCGUCGUGCAAUAUUAGCAAAGGCAUCGGUUGGACCAUUAGAAGUAGCAUUUAUUAAUAAUAUGCUUGGGAAUUUUCAUGAAUCCUUAAAUGGCUACAUCACACAGGCGACAAUGAGACUUGGUCAGGUGAAGAUUAAAGAACAAUCUAGUCAGUUGAUAGUUACUUCAUAUGCGUUUCAAGAUGACGAGGAAUUGCAGACACAACAGUUGUUACCUGCUCUUGACAAAUUAUUUGAACGUUCUUUGAGCAGAUUGAUAACUGCCAUAGGAUCUCGUUGUGCUACUGAAGCUCUUGAUGCAUUGGUAGAUUCGCUUCUGUCCUCACAUGAUGACGACAAUUCUAUAAUGUUAGCUGUGUGGAUUUCCUCUAGGUUAAUUGAAGGAUACGCUACAAAUGUCACAGGAUUAUACAGCGCAGAACAAUACCUGGUUAUAGAAACGGAAGUUAGUGAACAUGGACUUCAAUGCGUAUACUCAUUGCUAGAACAAUGUCAACAAUUACUCAAUAUCUCUACUACAAAAAUUUCUAGUGAUACAGCUUUACCAAAGUCUAACGAAACAAUGGCUAUUUUGUCGCUAAAUGGUAUUCUGACAUCUAUUAGAACACUAGGGGAAGCUUUCAAGGAAGAAUUAAUAGACUACUUGUACCCCAUUGUAGAUUGCCUUGCAUCACCCUCCGAAAACAUAAGGACCACUGCUCAAUCGGUUAUUACAGAGUUGAGCAAUAUUAUGUACGGUGGUUCUAUUGAAAACCUGCUGUUAGACAAUGUAGACUACAUUACUGAUUGUAUUGCCAUCAGAUUGGAUAACUGCGUGAUUGAUCGUGUGAGUACCAUAUUAGGCGUUAUAUGCAAACUUGCUGGUUAUGAGAUAGUCACCCAGUUCCAAGAUAUUUUGGAGAAAAUGUUCAGGAUGUUAGACUUUUAUCAUGGAUACGACGACUUAUGUUUGGAAUUUUUCCAACUUUUUGAAGUAAUAGUUGAUGAAAUGAAGCGUAAGUACUUUGCUAGUAACGAUAGUAAUUUGCCUCUCACAAACCACCACAUUACCAGGAGCAGUUUUAAACCUUGGGGAAUGGAUAAUAUAGAACAGGUUAUAACUUUAUUGGAUACAAAAAACUUCCAAACCGAUGUUAAUGAUACCGUAGGCGAAGAUGAGGAGCAUAUUACACCUGAAGAGUACUUUCGCCAACGAAUGGAAAGGGACAGUGAUGACGAGGAUGACAACGAGGACGACGAAGCUUUCGAAGAUGGCUGUAGUAGCGCUUCUAAAGAGAAAGUUAUCAAUACUCCUAAGGAAGACGAGUGGAAUUCUCCAAUUAGUAGGAAAUCUUAUCUCAUUCUACUUCAGAUCCUUGUAUAUGGGGAUAGACUUCUCACACAUCCUUCACGACAACUCAAAGUUCAGAUACUAAAAGUUACUAAGAAGAUAAUACCAAUGCUUGCAACCCAGUACAACUCAAUGCUACCCAAGAUUGCACGGAUGUGGGACUUGAUAGUUGCACAAUGCAUAAGCGAUGACUACUCAACAGCAAAAGAAGCAUUUAGGGUGAUUGAUGUCAUGAUCGAAUAUAGUGGUGAUUUUUUGACUAAGAGAUUUAGUGAUCUUUGGGAGACAUUAAAGGAAAAAUCACAAUUCAUCGAUGCAAAAUCGUACUCAAGUACACCUAAGGACUUAUUAUCGAGGACUAGUAUGGUUUCAAUUGAAAAGAAGGCGCUUAAUCCCAUACAAGAAGUCCGUUUAAGUAUGUGUAAGGCUUUAAUUACAGGAGCCUCUACUUGCGAAUUACACCUUCCAGAUGAAAAAUUGAGUGAAAUGUUAAACUACAUGAACUAUUAUAAUAUAAUACCAUACCUAGAUCCCUCACAUACGCUAUCAGCUCACUGCAUUGAUAUAUUAUACUCCAUAUAG